GGCACGCCAAGGCACGCUGCUUGUUCCAGCCGUCCAAAAUCUGUCACCAACACAACCACAACGAACCUGUACCUUUUCUUCAGCCGCAAUCAAUCAUCAUGCCCUGCAUCACGAGCUCGCGAUUCUGCCUCUGGGGAGCACUGAUAUUCUCCUUCUGCUGUUCGCAGGGCUAUGGCCAAGUUGAACUCCCCGCCUUGCCGUACGGAGAGUCUGACCUUGAGCCAUAUAUCACCGCCGAGACCGUGGGCUUUCACUACGGAGCGCAUCACCAAGGAUAUGUGAACAACAUGAACGCUUUCAUCGAGGCUGAUCCUGAGCUCGAGGGCCUUUCCCUCUGGAAGCUCAUGAAACAGACCGAGGGGACGAUUUUCAACAAUGCCGCCCAGAUCUACAACCACAACCUCUACUGGAACUCGCUUUCGCCUAGCGGGGGCGGAAUGCCGACGGGGGAUCUCUACACCGCUAUCGUGGCGGCCUUCGGCAGCUACGAGGACUUCCAGACAGCGUUCACCGACUUGGCCUCUGGACACUUCGGCAGUGGGUGGGCCUGGCUGAUGAUGCACGAAGAUGGCUCCGUGGAUGUGGUGGACUCGCACGACGCCUCGAACCCCGUGAGCGAGGGACUUGGAUUCCCGCUCCUGGUCUGCGACGUUUGGGAGCACGCCUACUACCUCGACUACCAGAACCUGAGGGCCUCCUACAUCGAGGGUUGGUGGGCUUUGGUCAACUGGGACUACGCGGAGUCGGAGUACACCCGCGUGUUGAACAAAUACAACAACAGGAAAAACUAAGCAGCAAUACUCUCGAACAAGUCUGUGUCUUCUCUUGUGUGUGUGUGUGUGUGCCGUGCAUUUUAUCAUAUUCCGGCGGUCAGAGGCUGCACGCCUUGUUUGUCUAUGUGUUCUGGACGCAUCCGCCAGGGUGACAAGUAUGGCAAGACGAAUGGAGACGGCCUGGGCAAGUGCAAACACUUGAAACAGACACCAAAUUGCAACGGAGCCCUUCUCAUAAGGCCAGGGCUGGUAAACUAUCUACCACGCACCGCUUUACUCUAGUCGCCGUCGCCUGUCGCAGCAGUCAGCGGCCAAGCACGGUCGUCACCUCUUCCCGUCUACUGUAGCUUGCUUUCCUGCAGGCUGUCGUUACACUUUUUUUUUAUCACAUUGCAACGCGGGCAUGAUGCCGUUUUUUCUUGAGAGCAAGCGACAGGUCAAUCGGGAUGUUCACCACAUGUUGCCCGAUAUAGUUGUCCACGCGGACGAAGCCCCUGUAGGGUGCAGUGGGAGGGGCAUUUUGCACGGACACCUGCACGCUGUCGCUAUACUUUUUUUUUUAUCACAUUGCAACGGGCAUGGUGCCGGUUUCCUGAGAGCAAGCGAGAGGUCAAUCGGGAUGUUCGUUCACCACAUGUUGCCCGAUAUAGCUGUCCACGCGGACGAGGCCCCGGUAGGGUGCAGUGGGAGGGGCAUUUUGCACGGACGGUGGCCCAUCCAGAACCACGAGUCGGGGGAGGCCAUCUAAAAAGGGUUCAUGGUGGGCACGAUGAGGGGAACGCCAAUGUUUGCUUUUGGGUUGGGGCGGGGGGGGGGGCUGGGAACGUUGGGUGGGAUAUGGAAUAUAGAGCAGGUGACGAAACGGUUGCGCAUGUGCUGCGAUGGUGUGACGGCGUGGACAGCAUGCACUACGUUUAUGUAAUGUUUGGAAUGGACGCAAGAAGUGCAGCCCAUGGCAGAUUUUCGGCGCCAUUCCCGUUUGAAGCGGCCGUUUGCAAGUGGUGUGUUGGGUCGAUGUUCACCGGGGCAGUAUUCGAACUUCAGCUGUUCCAUGCCGUAGUUGUGUUGAUCAAGUUGUAUCCCUUGGGUGAGAUGGCUGCUUGUCUUCCUUCGAGCAGGAAUUUUGGUUAUUUUGAGUAAUUUCCUUGGAUCAUUUGCUUGUCACACCACACCCUUUGGUAGAGGGCCACUGCGCACAGCACUGGUUGAGGUUUCGUUCUCAAAUGUCCUGUAGGCGUUUAGCCCGAGUGCGCUAAACGGUGCUCAAUGUCAUGUGAGUUCGCUAGCAGAGAGGAAGUCGAUCACAGCGAUCGUUUGUUGGAUAAUGUAAACCUAUAUUAUUUCG